UGUGUGGCUAUCUGUGGUUAGCUUGUGUAGCUAACUGUGGUUAGCUUGUGUGGCUAUCUGUGGUUAGCUUAUGUAGCUAUCUGUGGUUAGCUUGUAUAGUUAGCUUGUGUGGCUAACUGUGGUUAGCUUGUGUGGCUAUCUGUGGUUAGCUUGUGUAGUAUCUGUGGUUAGCUUGUGUAGUAUCUGUGGUUAGCUUGUGUGGUAUCUGUAGUUAGCUUGUGUGGUAUCUGUGGUUAGCUUGUGUAGCUAUCUGUGGUUAGCUUGUGUAGCUAUCUGUGGUUAGCUUGUGUGGUAUCUGUGGUUAGCUUGUGUAGCUAUCUGUGGUUAGCUUGUGUAGCUAUCUGUGGUUAGCUUGUGUGGCUAUCUAUGGUUAGCUUGUGUGGCUAACUGUGGUUAGCUUGUGUAGUAUCUGUGGUUAGCUUAUGUAGCUAUCUGUGGUUAGCUUGUGUGGCUAUCUGUGGUUAGCUUAUGUAGCUAUCUGUGGUUAGCUUGUGUGGCUAUCUGUGGUUAGCAUGUGUGGCUAACUGUGGUUAGCUUGUGAGUGCUCUGUGACGGUGGUCGCGGGUUCGAUUCCCGCUCUGCGCAGUGGAGUCACGCCCCCUCAGGUUGGGUUCCCGCCAUCAUCACACCGUGUCACCUUAAAAACUCCUCCGGCGGUGACGUCACGUGGGCUGCAGCAACACGGCGCGAGCUCACACAGAGAGAGAGGAGCGCGCGGACACAGCACAGGUGAAGGCACGAGCGCUGAACGUCCGCAGGAGAACCAGCGAAGAAGAAGGAGGAGAGCCCGCGUUCGGCUUGUUUCAGUUUUUCUCUGCGCAGGCGGCUCGGUUCCUCCCGGUUCCUCCCAGUGCCUCCUCCUCCUCCUCCUCCUCCCGCCGGUAUCGAUCCAUCAGCGGCUGAUCACCGAUCUCAUCCUCCGCGGCUCGACGCUUGUUGACUCCAGCAGCUGGUUCAGGGAGGGGAGUGGACCUGUGACUGAGAGGAGCACCGAGCCCAGCCGAACCGAACCGAGCCGAGCAUACCGGACCGAACCGCAGCAGGGAGAUGGAGGGCAAAGAGAAGGCACCGGCAGAGCCGCAGCUCAAAGGCAUCGUGACUCGUCUGUUCAGCGAGCAGGGAUUCUUCCUGCAGAUGCAACCGGACGGAGCUAUCAGCGGCAACAAGGACGAGAACAGCGACUACACUCUGUUUAACCUGAUCCCGGUGGGUUUGCGGGUCGUGGCGAUCCAGGGCGUGAAGGCGGGACUGUACGUGGCCAUGAACGCAGAGGGAUUCCUCUACACAUCAGAUGUGUUCACAGCAGAGUGUAAGUUCAAAGAGUCAGUGUUUGAGAACUACUACGUCAUCUACUCGUCCACGCUGUACCGGCAGCACGAGUCGGGCCGGGCCUGGUUCCUCGGCCUCAACAAGGACGGAGUCAUCAUGAAGGGGAACCGCGUGAAGAAGACCAAACCCUGCUCACACUUUGUCCCCAGACCCAUCGAAGUCUGCAUGUAUAAGGAGCCGUCGCUGCACGAGCUUGAGGAGAAGAUGUUGAAGUCUUCACGGAGCCCGACGCUGAACAGCGGCGAGCGGGCGAGGAGCCGGGAGCGCCACCAGGAGGAGCAGCAGGAGGACUGCACAGAGCAGGAAGGAUCAUAGCCUGCAGCGCCCCCACAGGCCAGGAGGAGGAGGAGGAGGAGGAGGAGGAGGAGGAGGCGAACUCCCAUUUUAACACUCCCUCUGUUCAGCAACUAAAGCAACUUCAACAACCACCAACGACAACAAACCGCCACGGCGAGACGACGGCGACGAAAAAAGAAGCUAAAAAAAAAAAAAAAAAAGCUCAUUUGAAUAUUUUAA